GGCACAUAGUCUUCAGCAAGGGAUCUUUUAUAACAACUAUAGGACAGACAGAACAGCACAUACCACGACCGAUGAUAGACCAGUCGUGUGGCACUAGUUUGGAUUCGGAUGAGUCCACCGAGGAGGUUUGAUCUUACGAUGUAAGCAUCUCAGGCAAACGCUCUACCAACUGGACUAAAUCCAGCCCCUGUUAAAGUACGUCAGUGAGAAGCGACAGCUGUUGCCGUGUUGGAUUGAUCAACGUGCACACAUGACAUAUCUUCGUUGUACAUUUCUCUGUUCGUCGUAUAUUUCAUGUAAUAUACACAGGCUGGGUUUGUUAAUAUCCGGCAUAUUUUAGACGCAAGCAUUACGAGUAACGUAAACAUCCCCUGAACGUCAACAACACGUGCUGUGCGAUCGAUUGGCCACGUUGAAAGCUAGCGACUCUUGAAUUUGUCCCGACGAUCGGCAAACCGUGAAUAUUACAGCUUCCGUGAUAGUGGUCUUUCUUCUCGAACAAUAAUCAUCAGAAUACAUGCUGCACAGAUCGAAUGGUAUUCUUAAGUAGGCCAUGUGUAUUCUUAAGUAGGCCAUGUGGUUUUGACAUUGUUAAGUAGAUCGAGUUGUUUUUACAUUAUUGAGUAGAUCGUGUUAUUUUUUGCAUUCUUAAGUAGAUCAUGUUAUUGACAUUCUUAAGUAGAUCAUGUUGUUUUUUACAUUCUUGAGUACAUAAUGUGGUUUUGACCUUCUUUAAUCCCAUGUGUGACUCCACACUGUGAGUAUGAGCGAGGACGGAUGUUGUUCGAACGCCGUCUACCUGCGGGACACCGCCGACAGGCUGAUGCUGCUCGCCAUGGCCCUCGUCUUCGUCGGCCUCAUCAUCUCCACCGUCGGCUACGUCAUCCCUCGCGACUACCAGGAACAUCCGGGCAUCUCCGCCAAGGAGUCCGAGGCCAUGAACAUAUACUACGCGGAGCUGUCGGCAAGACUGGACAUCUGUGUCGUCGUGGGGAUGGCGCUCAUAGCGGUGGGGGGUCUUCUCACGUCAGCCGUGUUCAUGAAAACUGUGGUGUGCAACCAGAGAGAGCGGGAAGACGAUGACGUGGAGAUCAGAGCAUUCAGAAGAUUGGAUUCCAACUCAAGGGAUUCCAGACAGAGCUACGGGACCGUGGAUAACCGUUAGAUGUCGGUUAUAACGAAGUUGAAGUCAUUAGUAGUUUGGUUAUAAGUAUUACAGGACGUAAUGACACCGGUUUGAGUACUCUCUACAGAGUGUUCCUUAUAGGAGAUGUCGGUAAAAACGAAACUGAAGUCAAGAAUAGUUUCGUUUCAAGUAUUACAGGAAACAAUGGCAAUGCUACCCUAUAUAAUAUUCGUAAUAGGAGAUGUUGGUUAUAACGAAAUUGAAUACAGCAUUAGUAUCAGAAGAUGAAUGACAGGAAUUUCUGAUACUACUCUCUAUAUGACAAGUUAUAUAAAAACUGUUAUUACUGAUCGUUUGUGAUAUGUAAUAAUUUAAAUUGCAAGACGAAAGCGUAUGUUGUGUCUAUAUGGCUUAGUUUAUUAGUUUAUUUAAGGAUGUGUGUGGUAACAUGGUGUUUUUUCCAUUGGGUUAAUAAAUUAUAUGUUUCCUA